AUGGCAGUCGACUGUAUCCCCAUGGCCUCGCGCCACCAUCCCCACCACCCCUCCAACUAUACCUACAACUACACCUACACCUAUACCCCAUCAACUCGACGCUCCAGCUCCUCGAGUUCCUCCAACUCCACCUCCCACUUUGGCAGCAACAACCCCUACGCUCGCCUCACCACUUCUUCCCCACACAACACCACCACCUACAACCGACGCUCCACACCCAUCUCCCUCUCAGACUGGUCCCCAGACACCCACCACCAAGCCGAGCGCGAGCGCAAACGAAACAGCACAAGCUCGAUCCCACGCCGCCGCACACACCGGUACCCACGUACCUCCCAACUCGUCAACCCAGACAUAAUCGACCAACUCGACGACGUGACAAACUACUCCUACCACCACGAAGGACCCUACGAUGCCGUCUGUCCCGAGCGCAACCGUAUCAGCCAGCGCAGUCCACUCGAGGCAGUCCGCGAGUCGAACGAGGAAGCUCUCCGCGCAACGCCUCGUGACAAAAUCAUCGACUGUCUGAAUUCGCAUCGGCCGCUGGAUGGUGUGGCUUUUUUCCCACCUGGCGAGACAGAUCGGUGUGGGCAGACCUAUUCGUAUGAGGAGGGGACGAAUAUGAUGAAUGAUUAUGGGAAUUUCAUGAGGACUCCUGGCCAGAAAUUCACCGACGAUGACUUCAAGAAUGAUCCUUUCUAUAAUCGUCCUCUUCUGAACCCGUUCGCGACACUGAAGAAAAAGCUCAGUCUGAAGCGCAACAAGAUGCGUCGGAGUACGGCAUGA